UGGCUCGCAAAAUAGAAACUUGGAUUCUUGCGGGAACUCAGGGAACCAAGGUUGCUUCUCAGAGCAAUGGGGCAGGGGUGUUCAAGCUGCUUCAGUGGCCUGAUGGCACCAGAGAGGAGGCUGGAGAUCAAGGACAAUCAUGAAGAGAAGGGCGAAGAGAACGGAGAGAAGCAAGCACUCCUGCAGCCAGUGCAGCCGGUGCAGCCCUGUCACACUCCAGAAGUACCUGCAGUGACACAGCCGGAAGAGACACAGGAGCAGGUUUCAGCCGUCGUUGUCCAGGAACCAGCAGGGGCAAAGCUGGCAGCUGCACUGCGGCAGGCGGAAGUGGACGCCAACGAAACGACGUCUUCAAAUCAGUCUGAAGCAGGAGGAGCUCCGGCGAUCAACAAGCCGGCGCACUUGACAGAGAACGUUUCUUCGGAGGAAUGUGAUUCUGUUGAGCUCCAGACCCCAUCUGGCACGAUCGCUACUGCGACUACAGCCGAACACAUCCACGACGGCCUGCCAUCCAUUGGAUCUGCCGGGCACUUCACAGGUGAUUGCAAGCGCUGCUGCUUUCAUCCCAAGGGGCGCUGCUCAAAUGGAUAUGAAUGCAGGUUCUGUCACUUCGACCACGACAAGCGUAAGCGCAUCAAGAAGCCUAUUACGCCAACUGGCCCAGGCGACAUGCAUGCUAUGCAACAAAAUGUGGGGCCUAUGGGGAUGAUGCCACAAGCACAGGCACCUCCUGCUUGCUUCAUGCCGCCCUGCAUUGCUCCCCCACUCGCAACUGUGCCGGCUGACCUGGCGAUGGAUCCCAUGCAGGCUGCCCAAGGUAUGAGGCCUGAUGAGGCUGCAGCCAUGCCAUGGGUAAACGAUGUUCAGAUGCAGCAAAUGCCAAUGCCGGGCAUGGCUCCUUGGCAACAAGGUCCUAUGUUUCCUCCUGUGGCGCAAGCUCCACCACAGUUCUUCAACCCGCCAAUGUGGCCUGGACCAUGCCCAGGGCCUUGCCCAGGGCCAGGCCCCAUGAUGGACGGACCAGGUCUUGUGCUGCCGAGGUAUACUUCCAAUGCAGGAUGUCUGUUGCCAGAGGCCCCAUUGGGCACGAUCCCAGUGAACUCUGCGCCGGUCUUGACGAUGCCCAAUCAGAUGCCUCCCAACCCGAUGCCUCCAAAUGGGUUGCUGCCUCCAGGCCCUCUGCUGGCCCCGCCCAUGCCUCAACCCAUGCCGCCUAUGCCCAUCCCAGAGCCUCUGCCGCCGGGUGCGGUCCAAGCCGGGCCAAUGCCACCCAUGCCAUGUCCAGGGGCUCCGAUCCUACCUGUUCCCGCCGCUGCAAAUGCCCUGAAUGGCCCACCGCCGCAGACCGGACCAGCUCCCACGCCAUUGGCCACCAACCCAGGCCCAGGCCCAGCCCCAGGCCCAGCCCCAGGCCCAGUACCUGAGAAGCCUUCAAACCCACCCGCUCAAGAGAAGGGCAAUGACAGCCCUCGAUCGGUGAUCUUGAAACUCACUGGUGCGUGGAAUGCAUUGGCAGCUGGCAAAGGACACGACUUGCCAAGGGAGCCAGGUGCUGACUUUGAGGACAUGCGAGCAAUGUGCGUUCCGCCCGCGCGAUGAGCGCACCAGAAAGCACUGUGCAAAGCAGAAUCCAUACCCCACGCGGCUGCUGACAGAGUAGGUUUCAAUUGGCGCAUACCAGCGGAAGCCAAGGGACGAUCAUUCGAAAGUGUGUGUGCACCAGGG